AGGUGAGGUCGCGGUGAAGCCGAGGUGAGGGGGUUUCAGGCCGGGUUUCUCAGCACCGGGUUGGAACGUGCGGCUACUUCUGGAGUCGCGUAAUCCUUCCCGAGAAGAGAAGUGGCGGAGCCAGAGGCCCCUCUGCAGCGCGGAACAGAGCCCGCCACGCAGGCGCCCGAGACGCCGCCGCCAUUGUUGCCUGUGGCCUCUCGGGCCGCUUUGGCCGCGGAGUGACGGGGUCCCAGCGACAGGGUCUCAUUCAUCCCUGCAAGUUCUGGGCUCAUGAUUUGUAACUAAGGCCACUAACUACCUAUAUUCUGUUCUGCCCUGGCUACAGCAGCCCUUGAUAAAAAUGGUUUUGUGGCUGUAGCAUAAGACUUCAAGCGGUUGGCUUAUUACUGGAGAAAUAAAGGAUAUUGCCAGAUUGACUAUCCUGUCUAUAGAAAUGUUAGCCUCAAGAAGGAGGAUGACCAGUUCUUCACACUCCCAAAUCCUUCUAAUGUGGAAACCAGACAAAGUUCAAAGUGGAACCCACAAUGUUGAGAAGCAAACCCUUACUUCAAGAUUCUUGCGUGAUUCUGAGACCUGUCGGCAGAAUUUUAGGAAUUUUCUGUACCCAGACCUGGCUGGUCCUCGAAAGGCAUUGAGUCAACUCCGAGAGCUCUGCCUUAAGUGGCUGAGACCUGAGAUUCACUCAAAGGAACAAAUCUUGGAGCUACUGGUGCUGGAGCAGUUCCUGACCAUCCUGCCUGGGGAGGUUAGGACUUGGGUAAAGUCCCAGUAUCCAGAGAGCAGCGAGGAAGUGGUGACUCUGGUAGAGGAUUUGACUCAGAUUCUAGAAGAGGAAGUUCCUCAGAACUCUGCCCUUUCCCAGGUGAUUCCAGAGGAAGAUCCCAGAGGAAGACAUGCUUUCCAAGCAGGGUGGCUCAAUGACUUAGUGACCAAAGAAUCAAUGACAUUCAAAGAUGUGGCUGUAGACAUCACCCAAGAGGACUGGGAGCUAAUGCGUCCUGUACAGAAGGAAUUGUACAAGACAGUGACAUUACAAAACUAUUGGAACAUGGUUUCUCUAGGACUGACAGUGUACAGACCAACUGUGAUUCCCAUAUUGGAAGAACCAUGGAUGGUGAUAAAAGAAAUUUUAGAAGGCCCUAGUCCAGAAUGGGAAACUGAAGCCCAAACAUGUACUCCCAUAGAAGAUAUUCCUAAAGUCAAACAGGAUGGAACUCAGACCAUCAAAAUGGAAGACUCAUAUGACUAUGAUGACAGGUUAGAGAGAGAAGCAACAAAUAUCUUCAAGAAAUUUCCCACUAAUGAAAGUGAUUUCAGUUUGAAGUCAGUCCUUUCACAAGAAGAAGAUCCUACCGAAGAAUAUCUUAGUAAAUAUGAUAUAUAUAGAAAUAAUUUUGGAAAGCAUUCAAACCUAAUUGUACAUUUUGAUAUACAAUCAGAUAAUAAAACUUCUAUCUAUAAUGAAAGCAAGGCAAACUUCAAUAAUGUCUCAUAUGGUAUUGUACAUGGGAAAAUACUUCCUGGAGAGAAGCCUUAUAAAUGUAAUGUGUGUGGGAAAAAAUUUAGGAAAUACCCAUCCCUCCUGAAACACCAAAGUACGCAUGCCAAAGAGAAAUCUUAUGAAUGUGAAGAAUGUGGGAAAGAGUUUAGGCAUAUCUCAUCCCUCAUUGCACAUCAGAGAAUGCAUACUGGAGAGAAACCAUAUGAAUGCCACCAGUGUGGUAAAGCCUUCAGCCAGCGUGCACACCUCACUAUACAUCAGAGAAUUCACACUGGAGAGAAACCCUACAAGUGUGAUGAUUGUGGAAAAGACUUUAGCCAGCGUGCACACCUUACUAUACAUCAAAGGACACAUACUGGAGAGAAACCAUAUAAAUGCUUGGAAUGUGGUAAAACCUUCAGUCAUAGUUCAUCACUGAUUAAUCAUCAAAGAGUUCAUACUGGAGAAAAACCUUACAUAUGCAAUGAAUGUGGGAAAACUUUCAGUCAGAGUACACACCUUCUUCAGCACCAAAAAAUACAUACUGGAAAAAAACCAUAUAAAUGCAAUGAGUGUUGGAAAGUUUUUAGUCAGAGCACUUACCUUAUUCGACAUCAAAGAAUUCAUUCUGGAGAGAAGUGUUAUAAGUGUAAUGAAUGUGGAAAGGCUUUCGCUCAUUCCUCAACUCUUAUUCAACAUCAAACUACUCACACUGGAGAAAAAUCCUAUAUAUGUAAUAUAUGUGGGAAAGCCUUCAGCCAGAGUGCAAACCUUACUCAGCAUCAUAGAACACAUACUGGAGAGAAACCAUAUAAAUGUAGUGUGUGUGGGAAAGCAUUCAGCCAGAGUGUGCAUCUUACUCAACAUCAAAGGAUUCACAAUGGAGAAAAACCCUUUAAAUGCAAUAUAUGUGGGAAAGCUUAUAGACAGGGUGCAAAUCUUACCCAACAUCAAAGAAUUCAUACUGGAGAGAAACCCUAUAAGUGUAAUGAAUGUGGGAAAGCUUUUAUUUAUUCUUCAUCACUUAAUCAACAUCAGAGAACUCAUACUGGGGAGAGACCCUAUAAAUGUAAUGAAUGUGACAAAGAUUUUAGCCAGAGAACAUGCCUUAUUCAACACCAGAGAAUUCACACAGGAGAGAAGCCCUAUGCAUGUCGUAUAUGUGGUAAAACCUUCACCCAGAGUACAAACCUUAUUCAGCAUCAACGUGUUCAUACGGGUGUCAAACAUCGUAAUUAAUGUAUAUGGGAGACUUCAUUUAGGUUUUUCAACUUGAUCACUUAAAUUUUACCCUGUGUGCUCUGUGUGUUAAAACGUUAUUAAAAAUAAAUCUGAAGAAGUGCAAUAUGUUAGGUACUCAACAGAAGUAUCAGUAAUAUGAAUAUAACAUUUAAAUUUGAUAUGAAAUUUAAAAAGGAACCUUCAUUGACUUAGCCUUUAUUUGAUAUGUUUAAUUCAUUUCAGAUAAAAAUAUGAAAGGACAUUCAAAACCUGUAACUCAUCAACUCAAUGUAUGUCAUAGACUUCUUGAGGCCUUAUGAAUGUUACUUGGGAUAGUAUCCAUCAAGUAGAUUUCACACUGGAGAGUAAUCCUGGAAUCAUAGAAAAGAAAAAAAUGCUUUUGGGCCUUCAUUUCUUCCCAACUUUUAAGCCUUAAAAUAGUAAAGGUUACUUCCCCAUUUUCCUGUUAUGCCAUAACUGCCAUGUGGAUCCAAUAGGUUUGGAGAAAAAACAAAAAACAGUUGAAAGUAUCUUAAAGGUUUCUGUGCAGGCUGAGUUUGUGGCUCAGUGGUGGAGUGCUUGCCUAGCACAUAUAAGGCACUGGGUUUGAUCCUGUGCACCACAUACAAAACUAAAUAAAAUAAAGGUAUUAUCUUAAAAAUACACUUUAAAAAAAAAAGAUUUCUGUGCAACCACUAUUUAACUGCACUUUCCCUCAAAUACUGAAACAUUAAAGGAAGCAAAGCUUAAUGAAAGAUGAUUUGUUAGGACAGAGAAACUAGUGUAUAUAACCCCUAGACAUGUAUAGAUUUAAAUAGGCAAAAAUUAAAUACCCCAAGAUAAUAUUAAUCUUUAAAACAGGUUAACUUUAGUUUCACCAGAUUUUUACAUCCAAGGUUAUCUUGAAGGAAAAACUAGGCAUACAUUCCCAUUUUUUUCAUCUGAUUCCUGAAUUCAGUUUUCCCCUGUGGCUCUUCUGCUGUGGGAAAGAGAAUACAUAGGUAUCAUAUAACAUGAAAUUAUAUAAUUGGACUUGCUUUAUCUAAGGAAAUAAGACUAGUGAAAUAAAAAGGCAAAACAGCCCAUUUAUAAGAAGCUUUAAAAAUGACUGAUUUUAAAAGAAUAAUUGGAAGCCUGGUACUCCUUUGUUUGUGAAAAUAGAGGUUAUUCUUAAGAUCAGGGAAAAAAUUCUUCAUUGGAAAUAGCACCGAUGCAGAAACUGACAUAGUAAUCAUUAAACAAUGAUAACUAAGUUUAUGGGUCCUAACGAGGAAAACUGGCAAAAAUAGGUAAAAAUACUAUGUAUUUAAUAUCCGUAGCAUUCCACUCUAAGAAUAUAAGGCUGAGAUUUCAUCUUGUUCUAUGUUCCUCUAGGGCCUUGAGAUUGCACAUGAUCAAUAUAAGUUGGUUGAAUUAAUAAAGUUAUAGAGAGUUGAGUAACACGGUAGAAUUGACUGACAUGAAGUGAAAUUGGUAGAACUGGAAGUAACUUUUUUGUGCAUGCAUCAAACAAAUGUUUAACAAAUAUUUACUGGGUAAUAGGGAUUGCUUAAAAAUGGAAAAUCAGAAAUCAUGGGACAUCUUUGCACAAGAUGAUUUUCCUGAGCUAAAUGAGGGGAAAAUUAUAUAAUUUCUGGUACCAUAAAUGUCAAUUUAAGCCUAUAUUGACCAUACAGCUUCACUUAGACAUUGCUGUUUAUUCUACAAACAGGUGCUGAAGGAGAGGCUGGGGUGCUAGCACCUUCAAGGCUAUGUUUUUGAAUGUUUUCUUGGGGAAAAAAAAAAAUUGUUACUUUCCUUUUUCUUGACAUUAGUUACCCUUGAUUUCAUGGUAUCAUCCUUCACAAAGUUCAGGUUUCAAAGUGCUCAAAUUAUGCUUAUUCCAUAGUUAUGAAAAAAUAAGUUGUAUUUAAGAUAAAGUUUUUUGAUGUUGCUUCAUCCCCACUUCUUUGCAUUGGAAUGAAUGUGUGGAGUGUUAACCACCCAUAGCGCCUUUCUUUGCAUUACUGUGUAUUUCCCGCCUUUUUGUGGUUUAUGUAAAUAAUGCAUUUAUAGUCUUCCACUGAUGCACAGAGGCAAUUGAUGCCCUUAUAAAAUAAUAGAAUAAUAGUGCAGAAUCCUAGAUCUUUGUGUGUUUUUUCCACUUUUAGAAUUGUCUGACCUAUGAGUAAUUCAACAGACUUUUAGCAAACAGUCUUAUUUUCCAUUACUUUUUUUAGGAAAUUUGUCAAAUAUGCAGAAAAACUUAAAAUAACAAA